AUGCUCGAAAACACCGCAGAGAGCAGCAUCGGCACGAACAACACACGCUGGGAGGUGCGGCCAAUCCGUGCAGCAAGCUCUAUGGCCUCUUGGACCGUCAGGCUGUGCUCCGACACGAUCCACAGCGCCACGCGCGAGCACGCCAUCGUCACCGUUGCCGCCACGGUCGCGAACGCCGGGUCGGCAAACAUCUCCAGAGGCCGGUCGGCCAGGAAAGCGGCCAGCUGCCACGCCCGUCCUCCGGCGUCCGCGACGCGCGGCCUGACCAUGGAAGACACCACGUUCCAGAAUCGCGACCUGCGCAGAGACGCACGAUGGAACAGGUCGCCCAAGCCUGCCACACGUCCCCCGGGCUGA